GGUUUCCUAAAGUUUUAGGGUAGAACUUUCCGGAUUUAUCGUAAAACUUAGGUCAUACGGAAUACCCGGCCAAGUUAGCUGUUUCUCUUAUUAAGGGAUUGCAAUGGAUUUACACUCCUAUGAAGAUUGGGGUCCUAGCGUAUAUCUAGCCAUAGUAAUAUACGGUUCCCAAGGGAAACUUUUCGCUUUGAAUCAAGGGUGGCAAGACAUCGGAGAAAGAGCGUUUGAGUGAGGGAGAGAAGGGAUGGGUAACUGUGCAUCCGACGUGAAAGGAGGCAAGCAGGCGGUAGGAGGCGGCGGCGAUGGAGGCCACCACCUGGCCCAGGCCCUCGGCGGCGGUGGAGGUGAGGGCAAAAACGACGCAGUAGGUUUUUUCUUCCGGUCCAAGGGAAUGCGCCCUCUAGGCUGCCAGAUUGAGCUAUCUCUAUCAGCCUCAAACCUUCUUGAUCGUGACAUCAUGUCUAAGAGUGAUCCCAUGGCGGUAGUUUAUUUAAAGAAAAGGGAUGGGACCCUUCUAGAAGUUGGGCGUACUGAAGUGAUAAUGAACAGUUUGAAUCCUGCUUGGAUUCAGAAAAUUAAUAUGAUGUACCAGUUCGAGAUUGUUCAACCAUUGAUAUUUCAUAUCUACGAUGUGGACUCAAAGUACCACAAUUUACCUGUGAAGACGCUAAAGUUGAAGGAUCAAGAUUUCCUAGGUGAAGCCAAUUGUGUUCUCUCUGAGAUUGUUACCAAACCAAGUCAGAGGUUAACCUUGAACAUACACCAUAGAGAUGGGCGUGGCUCAAAUAAUUUGGGCACACUUACAAUCCUUGCUGAAGAACCAGUUAUUUCGAGAAGUGCAGUGGAAUUGACACUGAAGUGUACAAAUCUCGACAAAAAGGACUUGUUCUCCAAAAGUGAUCCAUUCUUGAUAAUAUCUAGGAUUGUUGAAGCUGGAGGUUCUAUUCCUAUCUGCAAGACAGAAGUUCUGAACAACAACUUAAAUCCCAUAUGGAAGCCUGUGUGUCUAUCUGUUCAACACUAUGUGAACAAGGAUAAUCCUCUAAUCAUCGAGUGCUUUGACUUCAACAGCAGUGGGAAGCACGCCCUCAUUGGAAAAAUGUACAAGACAGUGGCAGAGCUUCAAAGUCUUCAUGGCAGUAAAGCUGGAGCAAAUUUUAUCUCACCACCUUCUGGUCUCCGGAAACAAGAAAAGCUUUCGAAGGUUGAACUGUUUGUGGAAAAUUUCAUUGAGAAGCAACUCUACAGCUUUCUUGAUUACGUUUCUAGUGGAUUUGAGCUUAACUUCAUAGUUGCUAUUGAUUUUACUGCUUCAAAUGGAAACCCUCAAACUCCCUCUUCUCUACAUUAUAUUGAUCCAUCAGGAAAUUUAAAUGCGUACCAGAGGGCCAUUACAGAGGUUGGAGAGGUCAUACAAUUCUAUGAUUCGGAUAGAUGUUUUCCUGCAUGGGGCUUUGGUGGAAUGACUUAUACUGGUUCGGUAUCUCAUUGUUUCAAUUUAAAUGGAAAUCCAAGCACGUCUGAGGUUCAAGGGGUAGAUGGAAUCAUGAAUGCUUAUUCAAGUGCUUUGCACCAUGUAACUCUUUCUGGGCCCACCUUGUUUAGCCAUGUGAUUAACUCUGCUGCCAAUAUUGCGGCCCAGUCUCUCAAAAAUAACCACCACAAAUACUUUGUCUUGUUGAUUAUCACGGAUGGAAUCAUUACCGACCCUCAAGAAACUAAAGAUGCUAUUGUAAGGGCAUCUGACCUACCACUUUCAAUUCUUGUCGUUGGAGUUGGCACUGCAGAUUUUACACAAAUGGAGAUUCUUGAUGCUGAUAAUGGAAAACGACUGGAGAGCUCCACGGGAAGGAUAGCUACAAGAGACAUUGUGCAGUUUGUUCCAAUACGCGAUGUGCUUGCAGGGCAAGUCUCAGUGGUGCAGGCCCUAUUGGAAGAGCUUCCAGGGCAGUUCUUGACUUACAUGCGUAGUAGAGACAUUAAGCCCCUGAAUGUCACCUCUUAGAGUUUAAGGGAUGGGAGAAAAUAUUGUUGCAUACAUUAUUCUUCUGAAUUUGGAAAUUGAUCCAUUUCAUGUGUUAAUACUAUUGUUAAACGUACAAACGGUACAAUACACCCUUCAUGGCUUGCACUAUAGGGUA